UUCAAAACAUUUCAAGUUGUUUUGAUAAGCUGAAUGUCUUAGCGGGUUAUAUUUACUUAAGUGAAUCAAAGUGAAAGUAGCAACAUAAAAUGUCGUGUCUUCUAAAAUUUAUUUUGAAAAUUGGCAUUUUUGCAUGCUUUGUGGAUUACUCGAUGGCAGGAGCCACAGAAGAUCAAAUGAUGUCAGCAGGAAAGCUAAUGAGAGAUGUUUGUUUACCGAAGUUUUCAAAAGUUUCCCCUGAAGUAGCUGACAACAUUGGAAAAGGAAUAAUGCCUGAUGAGAAGGAUGUCAAAUGCUAUAUAAAUUGCAUUUUAGAAAUGAUGCAAACGAUAAAGAAGGGCAAAUUCCUAUAUGAGUCAUCCCUUAAACAAGUCGACAUUUUAAUGCCCGAUCAUUACAAAGAAGAGUAUUUUAACGGUUUAGCGCAAUGCAAAGAUGCUGCAAAUGGAAUCAAAAAUAAUUGUGAUUCAGCCUACGCAUUGUUAAAGUGUUUGCAUGCAGCAAUCCCUAGAUUUAUGUUUCCUUAAUACAAAAGGCGAAAUAUUAUACAUUUCCAUCUUAUACUUAAGGAUGGACAAAGCAAUUAAAAUAAAUUGUUGUGUAAUAUAAAAAGGAAAUAAACAAUUUUAGAAUUCAACAAUAAUCGAAAUAA